AUGCAGAUGCAGUCACUGUGCAGCCUGCCCAUCAUGCGGUACCAGGAGCCACAGGAGGAGGAUGGGCUGGAGGACAUGACCCAGCUGGAGGACCUCCAGGAGGCUGCAGUGCUGAGCAACAUCCGGACGCGGUUUGAGCGCCAGCUCAUCUACACCUACAUCGGCAGCAUCCUGGUGUCGGUGAACCCGUACCGGCUCUACAACAUCUACGGGAAGGAGCAGGUGCAGCAGUACGAAGGCAGAGCCCUGGGGGAAAACCCGCCGCACCUCUUUGCCAUCGCAAACGUCGCCUACUCCAAAGUGAUGGAUGCCAAACACAACCAGUGUAUCGUCAUCAGUGGGGAGAGUGGCUCAGGGAAGACCGAAGCCACCAAGCUGAUCCUGAGCUACCUGGCAGCUGUCAGCCAGAAACGCAGCACUGCCCCACAGAUAGAGAUCCUGGAGGCGACCCCUUUGCUGGAAUCCUUCGGCAACGCCAAAACCGUGAGGAAUGACAAUUCCAGCAGGUUUGGGAAAUUUGUGGAAAUCUUUCUGGAGGACGGUUUGAUCUGCGGUGCCAUAACCUCGCAGUACCUGCUGGAGAAGUCCCGCGUGGUCUUCCAGGCUAAGACCGAGCGCAACUACCACAUCUUCUAUGAGAUGCUGGCAGGGCUGCCGUCCCAGCAGCGGCAGCGGUACUGCCUGCAGGGCGCCGAGACCUACUACUACCUGAACCAGGGUGGGAACUGCGAGAUUCCUGGCAAGGAUGACGCUGAGGAUUUCCGCCGGCUGCUCAACACCAUGGAGGUGCUGAACUUCAGCGUGGAGGAGCAGAACAGCAUCUUCCGCAUCCUCUCCUCCGUCCUCCACCUGGGCAACGUCUACUUUGAGAAAUACGAGACCGACUGCCAGGAGAUCGCCACGGUGGUGAGUGCCACGGAGAUCCGGACGGUGGCUGAGCUGCUGCAGGUGUCCCCUGAGGGCCUGCAGAAAGCCAUCACCUUCAAGGUGACGGAAACGCAGCGGGAGAAGAUUUUUACCCCUCUGACUGUUGAAAGUGCCGUGGAUGCCAGGGAUGCCAUUGCCAAGACCCUCUACUCCCUGCUCUUCGGCUGGCUCACCGACCGCAUCAACAAGCUGGUGUACCCACGGCAGGAGGCCCUCUCCAUCGCCAUCCUGGACAUCUACGGCUUCGAGGACCUCAGCUUCAACAGCUUUGAGCAGCUGUGCAUCAACUACGCCAAUGAGUAUCUGCAGUUCUUCUUCAACAGGAUUGUGUUCCAGGAGGAGCAGGAGGAGUAUCUCCGGGAGCAGAUCGAGUGGAAGGAGAUCCCCUUCAGUGACAACCAGCCCUGCAUUGACCUCAUCUCCCAAAAACCCUACGGCAUCCUCCGGAUCCUGGAUGACCAGAGCUGCUUCCCCCAGGCCACUGAUCACACAUUCCUCCAGAAAUGUCACUACCACCACGGGACAAACCCGCUGUACACCAAGCCAAAGAUGCCGCUGCCCGAGUUCACCAUCAAGCACUACGCAGGGAAGGUGACCUACCAGGUUCACAAGUUUUUGGAUAAAAACUAUGACCAGGUCCGUCAGGAUGUGCUGGACCUGUUCAUCAGCAGCAGGACCAAGGUGGUGGCCAACCUGUUCUUCGGCCAUGCCCAGGUGUUGGCGCGGCAGAGGAGCCUCAUCAGGAGGAGCAGCACCAGGACACGGCGGUACAAGGCUCCGACCGUGGCCGCACGGUUCCAGCAGUCGCUCCUGGAGCUGGUGGAGAGGAUGGAGAGGUGCAACCCUUUCUUUGUGCGCUGCAUCAAACCCAACAACAAGAAGGAGCCAGGGCUGUUUGAGGCUGACGUGGUCAGGGCCCAGCUGCGGUACUCAGGGAUCCUGGAGACCAUCCGCAUCCGCAAGGAGGGCUUCCCUAUCCGCAUCCCCUUCCUCGUCUUCAUCGACAGGUAUCGCUGCCUCGUUGAUAUGUGGUCCAAUGUCAUUCCCAAUGGACCCAACUGUGUGGAGAUGCUGAGGAGCCUCUGCCCCGUUAACCCCAGCAUGUACUACGUCGGUGUCACCAAGCUCUUCCUGAAGGAGCAGCUGUACCAGGCGCUGGAGAGCAAGCGAGCCCGUGCCCAUCACCUGGCCGCGCUCACGCUCCAGCGCUACGCUCGCACCUUCUUCAUCAAGCGCCGCUUCCGCUCCCUCCGCCGCAAGAUCGUCCUCCUGCAGAGCCGGGCAAGGGGAUACCUGGCCAGGCAGCGGUACCGGCGCAUGCGGCGCACGCUCAUCAAGUUCAGGUCGCUGGUGCACAUCUAUGUGAACCGCCGGAGGUACCUCAAGAGGAAGGAGGAUGCUCGCCGGCGGGCCGAGGAGGAGAAGGAGAGGAUGAAGCAGGAGCUGACGCGGAGGGAGGUGGUGGAUGUCACCCACCUGGAGAUCCCGGCCGAGCUGAUGGGGCUGCUGGAGGCCGCUGCAGCCGCUCGGGAGGUGAAUGCCGGCUGCGUGGUGCUGGUGCCGCCGCCGGCGCUGCAGCCCGACCCCCAGCUCACCCUCCCGCUCGACAUCAAUGACUACCCCAUGGCCAAGUACGUGCGGGGCCACUUCCAGGAACCGGCAUUUGGGAUGCUGACGGCCCCACUGAAAGCCCCCCUCACCCGGCUGGAUGAGGAGCUGUGCCACGAGGCUCUCAGCCUCUUCCAGCUGAUCCUGCGGUUCAUGGGGGACCCGGGGCUGGGCGGCCCUCAGGAGACCCUCUUUGGCAACUACAUCGUGCAGAAGGGGCUGUCGGUGCCGGGGCUGCGGGACGAGCUCCUGGCACAAGCUGCCAACCAGGUCUGGCGGAACACCAACGUCAACAACGAGGAGCGGGGCUGGCUGCUGCUGGCCACCUGCCUCAGCGCCUUCCCCCCGUCCGCCGCCUUCGACAAGUACCUGCUCAAGUUUGUGUCUGACUACGCCUUCGCUGGCUACAAGCCGGUGUGCCAGCGCAAGCUGAUGCACGCCAUGGCCCACUCCCAGCUGGGCGCCGCGGCCGCCCGCACCUUCCCCCCGUCGCUGCUGGAGUGGACGGCGAACCGGCGGCAGGCCAGCAUGGCCCUCGACCUGCACUGCUUCAACGGUGACCAAUUCUCCUGCCCCAUCCACUCCUGGAGCACAGGCGAGGACCUGGCAGGGGAUGUCCUGAAGCACAGAGGGCUGGCGGAGGGCUGGCGUGGCUGGUCCGUGGCGAUGAAGGCGGGUGCCCAGUGGGCUGAGCUGGCUGGACACGACUAUGUCCUGGACCUUGUCUCCGACCUCGAGCUGCUGCGGGGCUUCCCCAGGCAGAAAUCCUGCUUCCUCAUCGCGUGGGACGGGAGCGAGAGCCACAGCAGGGACAGCCGGCCCAUCCUCCCUCUCUGCAGGGUGCUGGGACACGGAUUUGAUUUGGAUGAAGUGCCUCCUCCCCCAGCUGUGAAAGCCCCCACACUGCCCUCCAUAGAGACGUAUCACCCCCAUGAUGGGGAACUGGGGGAGCCACGCAGCCAGAAGGGUCUGGACCGGUACCUGGACAGUCUCUUUGACCCCGUGCUCUCCUACGGCAAUGGGGAGCUGGAGAAGCCAUCCAUCCUCUCGCAGAGGCUGAAGGGAGGAGGUGGCGUGGGAGGGGGGAACAGUGGCACUGAUGCCAACCGGAGCGAACCUCCCGUGGCUGCGGAGACGCGUCAGCCGAGGGGCACAGAGCCAGACCCAUCCCCACAGUGCCGGGCAGAUGUCAGCCAGCCACCCAGACCCUCGGGCAGAGCGGCAGAGGGGACGCCAGCCCAUGUCCCCCACCCCCGGCCAUACUCACAGAAAGCUGCAGCCGUGGGCCAGCGGUGGUCGGGAGAGCCAGUGCAGCAUUCCCGGCUCAACUCGGAGCACUUCCCGCGGCCCACGCACGACAUCCGCAACAUCAUCCGGCAGUGCCAGCCAGCCCCACGCAGCUCCCAGCCCCACAGCAAGCUCUUUGGGAAGAAGCUGGACCCCCACGAGGAAGCCCUGCAGAUCCUGAAGGAGCAGCUCUCAGCAGCCCGGGUGCCAUCAGCUGUGGGGCCCAAGGAGGUGGUGGCUGCGGUGAAGCCGGUGCCAAGUGCCAGGUACCAGCUGCGAGCACCCACAGGGCGUCCUGCAGCCACAAGAGCCCCAGUUUUUGUCUCACGGGAGCUCCCGUCCGAGGAGCAGCAGGUCCAGACCCAGCUGCACCGCAGCUGCAGCGAGGACUUCUACACCUACCACAACGUGCCCUGGAAGAUAUUCAUCCGGAAGGAGGUUUUCUACCCCAAGGACAGCAUCAAUAACCCACUGCUGCUCGACCUCAUCUUCCGGCAGAUCUUCAAUGAUGUGCUGUCUGACACCUGCAUCCGGAUCAGCCAGGAGGAGCGGCUCCGCCUGAAAUCCCUCUUUGCGGAAAACAAGCUGGACUCCUUCAGCCCCGUGGCCACCGAGGAUGUCAAGAGGGAGAUCAUUGCUGCAGCCCGGGAUGGCUGUGAGGUGUACUUCUCCCGCCUCUUCCCUGCCACGGGCAGCGUGGGGACGGGUGUGCAGAUCCUGGCCGUGUCCCACACUGGCAUCAAGCUGCUGCGGGUGGUCAAGGGCACCAACGUCCCCGGGGAGCAGCUGCGGGUGCUGCGGGCCUACAGCUACCCCGACGUGCUCUUCGUGACCACCCCAUCCAGGAACAUGCUGGAGUUCAACCUGCGCAGCGAGAAGCUCAUCCUCUUCUCCCCCAAAGCCCCCCAGGUCAAGGUCAUGGUUGACCACUUCAUCACAGAGCUCAGGAAGGAUUCCCAGUAUGUGGUGGCCGUGAGGAACUACAGCCCGGAGGACAGGAGCCAGCUCAGCUUCCACAAAGGGGACAUCAUCCACCUGCAGUCACUGGAGCACCCUGAGAGAGACUACUACUAUGGCUGCGUGGUCCGCAAGAAGGUGAUGUACCUGGAGGAGCUGAAGACAGGCACCCAGGAUUUUGGGUGGAAGUUUGGGGCCAUCCAUGGCAGGUCAGGGCUCUUCCCUGCCGAGUACGUCCAGCCCGUGGCGGCGCCCGACUUCGUCCAUUUGCCUGCGGAGAGGAAAGAGGAGCCCAGGGACAAGCAGGGCAAGGUGGCGGCUUCGGCGGCCGUGGCUGUGGCCGUGGCCUCCACUGCUGCUGCCCAGGAGCUGGACAGGAAAACCGAGGUGUCCCCAGCCGGUGCCACCUUUGCGGAGGGUGACGGUGUGGAGCAGCUCAGGGAUGUCACCGGGGCCUGUCCCAUGCUGGCCUUCGCCCAGCGGCAUUUCCGUGCGGCACGACGUGGGACCACGGAUUCCCGUGGGAUGAAGAUGCCAAGCGUGCUAGAGAUGCUGACGUUCACCAAGAUUCCUAUUCAGGAGUCACUCAUUGAAUUUGUGGAUGGUGGCCUCAACAAACUGGCUGCUGAGGCUUUCCAAGCUGUGAUGAAGUUCAUGGGUGACCACCCCCUGCGGGGGCAGACAGAGCUGGACGCCGUCUGCACCAUCCUCAAGCUGUGUGCAGAGCACGAGGUGCUGCGGGAUGAGGUGUUCUGCCAGAUCAUCAAACAGACCACCAACAACACCAGCUCCAAGCCGGACAGCUGCCAGAGGGGCUGGAGGCUGCUUUACAUCCUCGCUGCCUACUACAAGUGCUCUGAGGUGCUCUGGCCCUUCCUCCUGGCCUUCCUGCAGGAUGCCAGCAGGCACCCGGAGCUGCCUUUCCACGGCAUCGCCAAAGCCUGCGAGCAGAACCUGAGGAAAACCCAGCAGUUCGGCGGCCGCAGCCUCUUCCCCAGCAGCAUGGAGCUCAAGGCCAUGGUGGCUGGACGCAGCGCCAAGCGCCAGCUCUUCUUCCUGCCCGGUGGCAUCGAGAGGCACCUCAAGAUCAAGACGUGCUCGGUGGCUCUGGAUGUCAUCGAGGAGCUGUGCUGUGAGAUGGGGCUGCAGAAUCCAGAAGCUUUGGAGGAAUACAUCCUCUUUGUGGUAACCGACAGAGGGCAGAGCGUGCGGCCACUGACCCGCCGGGAAUACGUCCUGGACGUGGCUGCCGAGACGGAGCUCCGGGACACCAGCUACACCUUCUGGUGCCGCCGCGUGGUCUGGAGCCAGCCCCUCAAGUUCGACAACGAGCUCUACGUCACUGUCCACUACAACCAGGUGCUCCCUGACUACCUCAAGGGGCUGUUCACCGUCCUGCCGCCGGCGAGGCCGGGAGAGCAGCACUUCCCGCACGUGGCCAAGCUGGCCGCCCUCCAGCACCGAGCCAAGGACCGCCACCACCUCCCCACCGCGCGGGAGAUGCAGGACUACGUCCCUCCGCAGCUCUUCCGCCUGCUGAAGCCGCAGUCCUGGCUGCAGAUGGUGACCCAGCACGUGCAGCAAGCCCAGGCACUCAGCGCCCACCAGGCCAGGGCACAGUUCCUGGGGCUGCUGAGCGCUUACCCCAUGUUCGGCUCGUCCUUCUUCUACAUCCAGAGCUGCAGUAACAACGCCAUCGUUUCGCCCUGUAUCCUGGCCGUCAACCAGAACGGCCUCAACUUCCUCAGCAAGGAGACCCACGAACUCAUCGCCAAGUUCUCUCUGAAUGAGAUCCAGUCCACGCGGACACAGCGGCCGACAGCUGGAUCCAGCUAUCCCUACGUGGAGAUCACCCUGGGAGACCUCCUGGCGCAGGGCAUCACCCAGCUGCAGCUGGAGCAGGGCCUGGAGCUGUGCCGCGUGGUGGCCGCGCACAUGGAGAGGCUGCUGGGUGCCCGGGAGAAGAGGCUGACGCUGCCGCCCAGCGAGAUCACCCUGCUCUGAGCCCGCCAUGGCCUCGGGCCCCCGGCACCCCGGACAGAGGGCACAGUGACCACGGGGUGUCCCCC